AUGUCUGCUCAAAUCACCAAGGCCGAGGUUGCCCAGCACAAGGACGACAAGUCCAUGUAUAUUAUCAUUGACGACGGCGUCUAUGAGAUUGCCAACUUUGUCAACGAGCACCCAGGCGGAGCCAAGAUCCUCAAGCGCAUGGCCGGCAAGGACGCGACGAAGCAGUUCUGGAAGUAUCACUCCAAGGGCGUCAUGGAGAAGUGGGGAGCCAAGUUGAAGGUGGGCACGCUGAAGGAGGAGGCCAAGCUUUAA